CCACGGACCCGACAUUGGCAAACACUGUUACAUUCUCGGGAACCUUCUGUGAGGACUGAGCUAAAGGAAGUUGCAGUCCAUGUUAGGAAAUGUUCUCCCUGGGGCGCUGCUGCAGUCAGCUGGACAGCUUAGUUGAUCGCACACAGGAUUUCUCUCCGGGACGGAUCAUAAUAAUCAGCAUAAUUCACAAUCAUGGCUCAAGCUAAAAUACAGGCGAAAACCAACGAAGCUACGUGCAGCAAGUUCAGCAGGACGCUGUCCAUGGCAGAUCGCUCCGGACAACUCCUGGAAAGUUUGGAUCAGCUGGAAAUGAGGGUGGAGACUUUACGCGAAACAGCAUCGGCCAUGGAGCAUGAAAGGGAGUGCAUCCUGGAAAUGAUCCAGUCCGUACAGAACGGCCAGGAACUGCGAAACAUCUGUCCUGGGGAGAGAGAAGAGUUAAGUUUAACUGCAAACCGUCUAAUGGGCCGGACGCUGUCUGUGGAGAUCAGGGUUGGCACAAUCAGAAACUCCCAGCAGGAGGAGGCGCUGCACAAGGCCACAUCUGUAAUCGAUGAAAUAGUGAAAAAGUUGCUGGAUGACAUGGACAGUGGGCGGCAGCAGCUGCGGGCCCUGCACGCGGCCUGUGUAACCGAGGCCCCGCCCGUCCCCAUCGACCAGAAGUUUCAGGCCAUAGUCAUCAGCUGUGCUCUGGAGGACCAGAAGAACAUCAAGCGGAGGCUGGAGACUUUGUUGAGGAAUGUUGAAAAUGCUGAAAAGAACAUUAAGAUUAUGGAUCACCAAAAACUGGAGGGCCCAAAAGCGAACGGCUGUCAAUAAGACCCGUCACCCAAACACGAAAUGUCUUUAAUGCCACUAACCUCAGCAAGAACUGUCGGAAUCCUGUACUAACUUUAGGAGGGACUCUGUAUGUAGCAGCAAGACCAGUCUCUAUGGGAAGAUUACAAUGAUGCUGACCCUUAGGGCCAAGAAUACAAUAAAGCACAACAGAAGAAUUAUUGCAGUGACUUUUGGUGGAUAAUCAAGUUUUACCUUCAAAUUGUUGUAAUUUACACCGACUUACUUAAUAUGGAUUGCUAAUGUAGAUACAGAGUACACGUGCAUGUGUUCACAUAUGCACUUCAGACAGAAAAAGAUUCAGUGGUGUAGUGCUGCUCCCUUGGAUGUUUGGUCACAGUUUAUUGUUAAAUCCAGUUCUUGACUAAUCUAUUGAUGAAGUAUCUUUUUUUCUGAUAGCCUCACCUUUUAAAUCAGACACUUGGUAAUGAUUUUAGAUGUGUAUACACUACCUCCUUGUGUGAAGGCAACACCAAUCACAUUAAGCUGUGGAUUUUAGUUAAUUUUUGCACAAAUCAGUUUUGAUGUCAGAUUGUCAGCAUAAAUAAAAACACAUUAUCUAAUAA